UCUCUCAUACUCGACUCUUUCCGCCUCAGUGCGAGGAUGGACCGGCGUUACGACGCUACGCGUCGUCGACUCUCGUCGAGUACACGAAUCGUCGGCCAAUAGUCAGAAGAAAAAAAAUCGAAAAAAAAGAGACCAAAAACAAGAGGGAACAUGUAACGGUUUCGUGAUACACUCGCAAACAAACAAAUCACAAAAGUCUUCCAUUAGCGUAUAGAUUAUUAUAUAUAUACAUACAUACAUAUAUAUAUAUAUAUAUAUUAUAUAUAUUAUAUGUUUUAAUUAAUCGUAAGUGAUAAGUUGGCGUGUUAAGUGUAAUUUAAGGUACGUAGGUUGAAUUCGGAGGAGGAAGAGAAAUCAUUCGUACUCGUGUAUUAAUCCAAUCUCAAUUCCGAUUUAAAUUUACGCACAUGUUCCGUACGGAUACGCACAUCUAUUAUAAAAUUUGUUAGAUCAAGGAACGUAUUAGAAAAAGAUUAAGGGUAAAAAGAAACUCCUGAUUCUAACGCAGAGGGAGAGCGAGAAGAUUUAACAGAAGAGCAUAAUCCCCACGUGUUUCGAAUUGAUUACGAGAGAAGAGAAAUCGGAAGAUUUGAAUGGGAUCCGAAAUUUUUCUAUGAUAAAAAUCCAUGUGUCUCCAGGUCGAUGAAUCGACAAUAAUUAAUUAAGACGUCUUGCUUCUCUGUGCACUCGAUGUGUACGGGUCGAGGCGCGACGACUAUAGUGUGCCUGAUACGAAGUCUUCCUUAGUAUGUAAGAUACAAUGAAAUUACGAUAUAUUCCUAUAUUCUUACACGAGUCACUACGAUAUAUAUCUCUAUACAAUAUACAUGUAUUACUAAUUAUAUAAAACUCUUAAAAAUCUAAGAGCAAAAACACAAGCUAGAUUGAAGAUGAAAUGCUUAAAAAAAUUUAAGAGAAAUUAACACGAAAAAGAAAUUUCUCAAAUAAUUCCAAACAAAAAGUUGGUUAUUUUAAGAAGAGAUUGGUUUCAACGACGAUUGCUGUUGGGCGAAAUAAUCGAUCAAGCAACGAGGAAUUUUCCUCGGUGAACAAGAGAAGAUAGGGAAAGGGAGAAAAGAGGAAAAAGAGAAGAAAGAGACGGAAAGUGACGUUUUCAUCAUCGCUGCCGGAUGAUUGUUCUCGGUAGGAUAGCAAAGGUUCUGAAUAAGGUGCUGGUGUAAUCGGGGGAGGAAGCCAUUACCUGCGCCUCCAACCCUCAACCCCCUUCCGGCCGGCUAAACUGUCAAAGCCUGCCUCGAGAAGGGGAUUAAGCUGCAUCGGAACUACUCGCAUGCCCGUCGCCCGACCGGUAGAGCUCCUUAACGUAAAUUAGCGGCCGAUCGUACUUAAUGCUCAUCUAAUUACCCGGCCGUUAAUUAUUCAAGCCCUUAGUUUGUCCUCUAGAGUUGCCAGUGGCUGACCAAGCAAAUUGCUGGCUAAAUGAGAUAAAAUUUAUUGGUAACUAUAUCGGGAAAAUACCGAAUACGUUAUUAUAAAUCUUCUCAGAAAUCUUAUAAGUAAAAGAAAAAUCUUAUAAUAUGUUACAUCUCAUAAUUUGAAAACGUUUGUGUAAAGGAUAUAAAGGAAAUUUGAAAGAAUUACCAAAAUGUAUAUUUCAAUGAAGGGAUCAAGAAAAAUAUUGAUUACAAAUAGAAGAGAGAAUUUGCAACAAGAUCGAAGUUUCGAUUAAUUUAUAUAUAUUGUUAAUUGAAAAGAAUCAAGGAAGAGGAGGAGAUUUUUCUAUCGAGAGUUUUGAAUCGAGGAUUGAUUAUGUCUGUGACAGUAGCUCCUUUGAAACCAGCUCGUGGACGAGGUCCAGCUGAUGGCCGAGCAUUUUUUGAAACACUCUGGAGAGGAAAUUUCUUCUUGGAUAGACAGAGGGUGAUGAAACGAUCGCGAAAACGAAAGUUACAAGCGGCGAACGGAAAGAAGCGUGCACAGCUGCAGAUGCGACAGCAUUGUUGCUGUUGUCAGCGCAUACAACUCCACCUCCUCGCCGGACGGCGAAGCAACAUGCGCUCCGUCGUUAGUGUAAGAGAGACACAUCAGAUCGCCGAGGCGCAGCAAGAGAAAAAUGCAAAGCUACGCGAGGCGUUCGGGAUAUCGGAGUUCUUCGUGGAGGGAAGUAGCCUAGAUCCGGAGAGGCACGCGCGCGAGGCUGAGGCAAGAGCGGCGGCGAGCAAAGUAUAUGAAUUAGUACGGACCCCGAGUCCUGCUCCGGACACCACGUCCGUCCCGGAGAAGAAGAAACGCAAACGGUCCGGUAGUGCAAUUAAAAAGAAAAAGGGAAAGAAGCAUAAGAAGGAAAGGUCGGAAUCUCCGAAGGGUAGCAAGAAGAAAGAAAAAUCCAAGAAGAAGAAAAAGGAAAAGAAACACAAGAAGACUGAGGCUAGUUCCUCUGACAGUGAUUCUAGUGAAGCUUCAGAUGAUAGCAGUUCUUCCGAAACUGAGUCAAAGAAGAAAAAGAAAAAAAAGAAGAAGAAGUCAAAGGCAGAGGCAAAAGAAAAGCAUGAGAAGAAAAAAAUACCCGUCAAGAAGAAGCAUCAGUCAUCCGAGAGCUCAUCAGAUAGUUCUCCGGAAAGGCCGAAAAAGUCUAUGAAACAUGACAAAGUUGUAGAGAAAGCUAAGAACGAUGAGACGGAGAACACAACGAAAGAGCCUCGAUCGAAUCGCUCACCAAAGAAGCAAGAGAAAGGUCGAAACGAAACUCCUCCUCCCAAGAGGAAAGAUUCUCCCGUUAAAAAACCUGCGCCAGAGAAAAAGGAUAAAUCACCAGUUGUACAUAAGAGUCCUCCACCAAGGCGACAUAGAUCACCAUCAAGAAGUAAAGCUGAUAGAGGAAGGUCUCCUAGAAGAUAUUCAAGGUCACGACGAAUCAGCCCUUCACCAAGGAGAAGAAGGAUUUCGAGAUCUCCAAGAAGAUACAACAGAUACUCCAUAUCCAGAAGCAGAAGUCGAUCGAGGUACGAUCGUUAUGGAUCACGACGUCGAUUGUCACCACUUCCUAGACGCAGGAGAUCUGAUUCUCGAAGAAGAUCCAGGUCUCCAAGAAGACAGAGGGAUAGACGAGAAAGAUCUAGAGAUCGUCGUAGAAGUCGUAGUAGGACAAGAAGUAGAUCUAGAAGAUCUACUUUGAGUUAUUCUCCCGUACGGAAAAAUCCGGAACGGUACAAACACAUAUUAGAAGAGAAGAAGAAACGAGAUCAAAAGAAGAAUCACGAUAACAAACGGAAAUCCCGGUCAACUUCGAAAGCGAGAAAAAUGCGAACAAUUACACCAAGAGUUAGGUUACGUUCUUCGAGCGAGGAUGAAACAGAUAUAGCAGACGACGAACCAAAAGCAGAGGACGAAGAAAAAAUGAAAGAAAUGCAUACAUUGAAGCGAUUACAGAGUGGUUUAGCCGCGAAAGCCAGAGAGACUCUUGGUAAGAAGGUAAUAAGUCCAGUAAAGAUUAAAGUUGAGAAGAAAGAAGAUAGCGUGUUGGAUAUAGCUUUACCAAAUGACCCGCCCAAAAUGGUACAAAAUACUAUUGGUCUUGUGCAAGAGAAAUCUAAGUCAAAAUCUCCUAUAUCUCAUUUGCCUGCUAUUCAGUCUCCAGUGUCUAGCAGAUCACCCUCACCAGCUUUGCCAUUGACUAGAGAAGAGGCUGCAAUAAAAAUACGAUCUCCGAGUGAAUCGCCUCCUCCAUUGCCACCAGUCUUAAAUAAGGUUGACUUAAGGUCACCGAGCAUGACAGCUAAGACAAAUCAUCGUUCGAAGUCUCCUAGUAUCACCAAGAAGAAUUCGCCAGUUGCCUCAAGGAAACACUCGUCACAGAGCAAAUCGUCCUCACACUCACCGCCCGUAUCUAUCUCCCAUAAAGACACUACUGUAAAAUUACGUUCUCCAAGUGAAUCCCCGCCUCCGAUUUCUAGUAACAAAUCUAAGCAAAGAUCUGCAUCACCAGUCAUCUCAAAAAAGAGUUCUCCUGUUUCUAAAAAGCAUUCUCCGAGGAAUAAGUCUUACUCCAGGUCACCUUCCAGGUCGUACACGAGAUCUGUGUCACUGGAGAAAAGGUCUUCCAGAUCGCCUCGGCAUCGUUCAAGGUCCGCCUCCAGAGACAAAAAAUCGCGUUCUGUAUCGAGAAGCAAGAAAUCGGCUUCUCCUAGACACAGGUCUCCAACAUCGCCAUCAAGAUCGAAGAAAUCAUCUAAAUCUCCGGCAAGGUCAAAGAGAUUGAGCAGGUCAAGGUCUUCUUCGGAAUCAAAACGAUCUGUAUCUAGAUCUCCGUCACGUUCAAAAAAAUCUCCGUCUCAUUCCCCGGAAAAGUCAAGAUCUAGGAGUAGAACCAGGUCGUUAUCGAAAGGAUCCAGGAGCCGAUCUCUAUCGAAGAAGUCUAGAAGCAGAUCUCUGUCAAAGAAAUCGCGUAGUCGAUCACUGUCGAAGAAAUCUAGAAGUCGGUCGCUAUCGAAGAAGUCAAGGAGCCGUUCGCGGUCAUUGUCCAGGCUGUCGCGAGAUAAAGAGAAGAGAAGUCAUAGUAGGAGUAGUUCACGUUCUUCUUUAAGUUCAAGGCAUAGUCGUAGAAGUUUCUCUAGUUCAUCGCGGUCAUCAAGCAGCGUUUCUAGUAGGUCUUCUCGUUCAACGUCCAGCAGUUCAGCUUCUAGUAGGUCUCGGUCUCCGUCGAUACCUCGACGUCAUGGCUCACCUAGUUUUCUAGAUAGACGUCGUAUUACAAGCGCCAGGAAACGACCAAUUCCAUAUCAUCGACCUACUCCGACACCACCUUCGUCACCGAGUAGUUCAGAUAGCAGCAGACAUAGUAAUUGGUCAAGUCCAAGUCAUCGAUCAAGUUGUUCCCCGAGUCGAAGUCCAUCAUAUACGCGUUGAAGCGAUUGUGCGAAUCCCCAAAGACUAGACGUUCCUUUCAUGUAUCAGAUUUAGAAUGGUGCGGAUCAUGAAGGUCCUUUGAUGCUUUUUUCUAACAUCAUGUCUUACAUCAUGUUAAAUCAUGUUUAUAAUGUUGGAAAUUGACACGAUUGUAAAGAAAGGUUUCACUGUAUUUUUUCGUAUCAGGAAGGUACAAAGAUAAUACACCAUUCUGAGUUUGGUGCAUCAUCUUUAAAUCUUUGUAAAUUCUUAAUAUGCAUUUACAUGUUUGAUCUCGUAACUCGUAACUUAAUAAUACUCAUCGAUGAUGGUUCACAGUAAUACCAUCAGCUUCAGUAUUAGUAACACUAACGUUAUUUCUAUUGCUCCAUUUUUAUUUUAGUUAGAUAUUAGGUAAGAAUGAUUUUAAUGUAUUUACAGUAUGAUAUUUAUAUCAUUACUAGGACAAACAUAUUACCAAAGAAACAAAAGAUUUAAGUUUGUCUAUCAUUCAUCUUUCAAUUUUGUGAAUUGAAACAUGAUUUAAAAGCUAGAUGUGCAAGAGUAACCAGAGAUAAGAUAUUUUAAUAAUAGGAUAUAUAACUAAUUUAUAGCAAAAUUUUAUAACACCAUUAUUUUUGGAAGUACGUUAUCUUCCUCGAUUAUAUUGUCUCACGAUCUUGUGAAUUUUAUGUCUUCAUAAAAUAAUGUUUUUCGUAGACUUAUGUACAUCUACGUACUUAAGCAAUAAGAAGACAAUGAUGAUUAUAAGCAUCAUGACGUAUGUUGAUUGCAGCUUCUUAAGAUCUCACAUUAUUCAGUAGCAAUUCUAUUAUUUGAAGGUUCAUUUAAAACUACUCUAGUAGUACAACGUCCGGGUGAUUAUCUAAUCAUAUAAUUGUUUGUUAUACAAACACCAGUUAGUCAAAUUUUAAACAUUCCAUUAGUAAUUAACGUACUGAAACAUUAUUCAAAUUGAUCUAUUAAUUUUUCAAGGAAGUAAUUCAUAUUUUAGUGCAAUGUUUUACACUUGUUCCUUUUGUAUAUACAUAUAUAUUAUUGUGUAUAGACUCAGCACCAUGAUCGUUUGCUAUAUUAAUUUAUUUAUUUUCUGACUUAUAUAUUUAUCUAUUUAUUUAUUUAUUUAUUUAUAUCAUGAAUAGCUAGUCAUUUGUCAAUUGAAGACAAGAAAAAUGUAUAAAAGUGAUGUUAAACUAUUAGAGUUUCGUUUACUGGCAAUACUCAAUUUAUUUGAAUGCUAGUCAGAAAGUUUUCAUUUGGCUGUAAGGCCAGGCAGCGUACCAAAAGACAUAAUUAGACUAGUCUUGAUUAUUCAAAGUUAAGUCUUGAUAAUGUAUGUAUAGGGUUAAAAAAUCAUAUUUGAAAAGUCUACAUUGUUUAUGAUUAGGAGGAAAAACUAUGUAGAAUUAGUUCUUGCAUAAUGACUGACUCAGUUUUAUUGAAAAAAAUGUCAAUUGCUAUAGUGUUGCAACAUUAAUUCAACCUUGAUGCAUAUCUAUGAAACGAAGCUGAAACAUAAAUAUGUAGGUACUUAUCACGUGAAAGACUCGAUUUUAGAAUUAAUAUAUGUAAGGUCUGGAAAAUUCAUUCUAUCAUUUGAUUAAUGCGUUUUACAAUAUUGCAAAACUCUGACAAAGUAUGAAGUGGAAGUUAUUUAUACGAACGUAGGAAGGAAAACCAUUGUUAUCUUUGCACACCAUGGCUCUUGACAUUAAUAUCUAUUAUUCAUAAUUUACAGCCAUCAAAUGUUACCAUCGUUGAAAUGAAAGAAAUUCUGAUUAUAUCUGUAAUAUACUCUGUAUUGUUGUUGUGUGAUUAAAUUAAAAAGCUUAAAAUA